AUGUUGUCGUCUGAUUUCGAUGACACUCAGGGCGCUUCCCAUACUAAGGCCGAUCUUGAACGUGGCGUCUUAAAGGCCAGCGGCCGACUAGUACAAAAUCCUGGUGCAAAAACCACCUACGUUAUCGCUAACCGUCUUACUGCCAAGGUUGCAAAUCUUGUACAAUCAACCCUGUCACGGACAGCAAAAGGCUCGGAGGGCGGUUAUGACAUUUUGACAGCUGAUUGGCUUACCAGUAGCAUCCAGGAGGGCAGGCCUCUGCCACUGCGUCGUGAGCAUGUCUGGGCUGUCCGCCCCUCCACCAAAGCCCUCCUUGACAGAAAUUACGACGUCUUUGGAGACAGCUUCACGGAGCCAUUUUCAGUUGAAGGCCUCCGGUCCUUUGUGUCGGGUUUGCAGCCUCAUGCGCGAGCCUCUCCCAACUCGCCCUCUCAGGUCGCACCGGUUCCGCUCCUGCCAAGGCCUGAUCUCCUGAAGCUGCUUGAUUCCACCAAUCUGUCUCAUGACCCACUAAUUGCGCCGCCUCUACUGACGUGUACCAUUAUUCUGAUUGCGGGCCAAUUCCCUUCAAAAAAACAAGUUAUCGGCUCUGCUUUUCCCAGCGGUCCAGCCUCCCCCAAAAAGCCGAUAGAGGGUAUGACUCGCGUCGUCUGGCUGGAUGUUCAGGCUACCACUGGGGCUGUCGAAAAGUUCCGAAAGGAUCAAGUUUCCACCGCGGUUGCUAAGGCCAUGGAGCAGACAACACAAACCCUGGUGCACGUCUCGGGGGAGUGGGCCAGAGAAUGUGUCCGGGAACGCACUUGGCGUUUGGAGAAUGCUUAUCUCGUGUAA